AUGCGGACAGCCUGCCAAGGCGACGCGGGGACCUCCGGCAAGUCACCGCCAGCGCAGGCAGGAGGAGAGUGCGUAGCCCCUGAGGCUCGUCGCAGCUUCUCUCGGCUGGCUCCCGUGGCGGCUUCCGGAGGAACUCGGCCCCCUUCUGCAUGCAUGCGCCCGUCUCCUCACGCUGCUCUCUGUGCCUCGUCUGACUCGGCUGGGCGUGACAGGAGACGCAGAGGAGGAAAGGCGGAGUGGCGUGAGCGGGGGUCGGUCGGGUGGAGAGCGAGGGGGAAACUGCAGGCGAGGCGAUGCCACUUGUCUCGCCUCCGCGGCAGCCUGGUGCGGCGGACGCCGCUCCCAGGAAACCCGCGACUUCCGCCUUUUCUCGUCGCGCCCUCGCAGCGAGACAGAGUCUGCGAGGGAGGCCGCGGAGGUGGCAGAUCUGAGCGAGGAGCCAGCGGCGAUAGAGCCGUCCUGCGGCGGCCGCGGAACGCCGUCGCAGCAGGCGCCCCUUCGCGCGGGAAGGCGACUUGGCGGACUGCGGUUGAUCCGCAGCUCGCCAGCCCUGGAGCGCAGGCCGGGGUCGUGUCCGCCUCUGGCGCGCAGUGUGAAGUUUGUUUUCUUCGCGAAGUUGCCUGCGAUGGUCUGCGCGCUGCCCGAGAACGAGGCGAUCGGCCUGCUGCCUCAGGUUUUCACCCGCGGGCUCGAGCUCCCGCACAGAGGCCCUACGCUCUGGAGCGCCACGCUCUUCGCCCUGAAGCACAUGCUGCUGUCUUCCUUGCCGGCGUCCGCCGCGAGCGAGGGCGGAAAGCCUGGCACCGCCGCCCCCACGUGAGGCUCCACGCAGGCGGGACAGACGAAGCGCCGGAGGAGACGCUCCGGCAGACCGAACAACUGCUGGUCAAGUGGCUGCUGCCGUCUCUGUGCGCGUCGCUGCGUGCGACCGCGCCGGCUGGAGGCCCUCGGAGAAGGCGCGCCGAUGCCUGCUGCGCUAAGGCCGAGGCGACUGCCGCGGGAGAGAGAGGGUGCGGCUGGGGAAGCCACGGAGGAGCCGAGACAGGAGGCGACGGCGGAGGCGCGCGGCAGCGUGGAUCGCGGGCAGAUCCCAGCCGCAGCCCCACGCCGUAUGCAAUUCUGGCGCACCUGGAUGAGGCGCUGGAGCUUCUUCUGGUGAAGAAGGCACAGCAGGCACGUGGGAAAGCCGCGAAAAGCGCGAUGUCGACGCAGACAGCCCGAGUAGGCGUUUCAGCCGGCGACCACCUCGAAGGCGCGGCCCGCCUCCUCGCCCUGGUUCUCGGCUACCUCAUUCUCAAGCGCGCCCCGCCCUCUUGCCACCUUCAGCGGCUCAGAGACCGACUUCUGCUUCCUUCGUCUCCCGCUUCUCAGGCCCCUCCUUCGCUCGCGCCUCCCGCGCAAUCUGCCCUGCCGGCUGCGCAGUCUGUUCCACAGAGACCGACGGCGGAGGACGCGGGGGUGGCGACUUCGUUGGCUGCAGAGAGCGUCCACCACGAGGUGUACGUACACCGCGCGGUCAUGCUGCUCGUCGCCUACGCACUCUACGCGACCGCCCCGUGCCUCGCAGCCCUGCUUCUCGAUCCGUUUCUUCAAGAUGACGAGGCGCGAGACCACGGGGCUGGGCAGGGCCGCUGCGUGGAGGAGACCUCCUCCCGGAUAGGCGGGAAGACGGCGUAUGUGUUGCCGCAGGACUGGGCGCUGCCGCAAACGGAUUACAAGGGCGACAAGGAGAUCUCGUGCGCAGCGAAGAUCCGAGAGGCGGACUGUCUGUACACCUCCGUCACGGGCCUGCGCUGGCUCCUGAAGCAGAACAGAGAUGGCGCGUUCGCGACCGCCGCCGUGAAUCCGCAUUCUUUCGCGACUUCUCACUCGCAGGGCCAUUCGUCUGGCUCUGUCUCUCAGUUGGCCGCUUCCAAUUCGCCUUCUCUCGCGUGCUGCAGCUGGAAACAGGAGCACGACGUGCUUCGGCAGCUCGCCGUGUCGCCGGAGGAGAGCAGCCUCAUUCCGUCGUUUCUUCAAGUUCUUCCGCCGGCGUGCCUGCGAUUUCGCGGCUUCAUCGCUCUUCACUUCUUUCCCAACCUCCCCCGCUAG